AUGGCCGGCUACAAUCGUCACCAACCUUCUUCCCUAGAGGAGAAGAUUGACUGUCUUAUCAAUGACGCCUUCAACUUGUCUCUCUUCCACACGUGCAAGGUCUACAUUCUCAUGGAACACGAGAAUACUGUCUGUAUGUUCAAAUCCUGCGAACAACGCUCCUGGCUGCCGCCCAAUCAACGCCUGGAAGGACUCUACCCCUGUCUUGAGUAUCUGUAUGCGUACCAUGUAAUUCGUACUCGAAUGACGGAGGACGAACGCAAGGAUCUGAUUCAGCUGUUACUUUAUUUCCUCCACUUGCUUGAGUGUUUGCAAAACCCGGCGCGACUAGGCCUCCUAGAACUCGAUGAGGAAGUCUGGACCGACAUAGGACAGAUGGGCGAAGAUAAUGGUGCUCCUCAGGGUACGGGUGCCAGUGCGAUGGAUGGCGGCAAUGAUGAUGGCAGUGACCAUACUCUGGUGGAAUAG